AUGGGAUCAUGGAGCAAGAAAGAAGAUGACAAGCUCAUUGUAUACAUCCACGCCCAUGGUGAAGGCCGCUGGAAGUCUCUUCCCAAGGCAGCAGGCCUUCGGAGACGUGUGAAGAGCUGCAGACGCAGGUGGGUAAACUAUUUGAAGCCUGAUCUCAGAAGAGGGAAUUUCUCAGAAGAAGAAGAUGAGCUAAUCAUCGAGCUCCAACUCCUCUGGGGAAACAAAUGGUCUCGGAUUGCAGGGAGAUUGCCUCGGCGAACGGACAAUGAAAUAAAGAAUCACCUGGAAUCGACCCACAUCAAGAGAAAAUUGCUGAGCCGGGGAAUCGACCUACAGUCGCGCCGCACCAUUCAGCCCUUCCAUAGCGAUGGCAGCAGUAGCAGAGAUGACAGGUCUCCCAGUCACGAAAUUUCAAUGGUGGAUUCUUUACAGAGUGAGCCCUGCAUUGUGACAAGCAAUUUCGAUCUUGCUGCUUCAAAUGGUGCGAGUGGAAGCGAAGAGACGUGUGAUGUGAAUCUGGAAUUGACUCUCUGUUUGCAGUCUCCUGCCUCUCGUGCGAAUAUAUCGCAAUAG